AUGGCCAACGGUGGUGACCAAGCGACACGACAAGGACGGGACGUCAGCGAUGUCUGCGAUGCGGCAGCAAGUGGCGGCGUCCUCAUGGUCACGCAACUCGCUCAUCCCAAGUUCACGAGCCUCGCGUUCCACGACGUCGUCGCGUGGAAGGAAGCGCGCAAGCUGUACGAGUACGAGAUGCGUUUGCAGUGCGAGCGCCAGGGCAAGAGUUUUGACGCGAUGUGCGUGCCUCACUGCAUGGGCACGUGGGAUCUCCUGGACGAGUACACGCUGGAGACGGUCCCCGAGGCCACACUCUUGAAGAAGAUCAACAAGCUCAUCUACAAGGCCGAAGGUGCCAGUACGCCCGACUACAAGAAGGCGUUCAAGGAGCUUCAUUUCGACAAUGGAGAGAAGAGCGUGCUCAACCGCGUGGCACAGUUCAUUUUCCAUGCGCGGAAGGCCAUGGAUGCGCAUGCGCUCUCGGGGCUUCGCAACAACCCCAAGUUCAAGAAGAAGAUUUUCAAAGCUAUUGUAGACAAGGUCACGCCCAAGAUGUUCCGUGACGAGGUCCAGUUGCGCCUCGCGUAUGAGCUCGGGCAAGAAGACGACGACGAGUUCAACAUUUGGCGUCUUCAGAAGAUGCUUCUCAAGCUAGCGCAAGAGUACAAGAAGGGACUCGACAUCUCGGCCAAGAAGCGAGCCCAAGAAACGACUCGGAUGACGAGCCCGAACGCAAGAAGCGUGCUGUCGGUGAAGAUCGAAGAGGUCCUGAAGGAAGCCGACCACGAAGAUGAUCCAGGCAAGUCCAAGAAGCGGCAGAAGGCCAAACGUGCCUGCUGGCAUUGUGGCGACGAGAAGCACACGCUGCGCGAUUGUACCAAGGCGACGAGUGCGCAGAAGAAGGAGGCUGUGAAGCGCAACUGGAUCAAACCCGGUAAGGCGCCCGAGAAGGUGGACAUUUGA